UCCCCAACCCCACUCCCUUCUCUCUCAUUUCCGAGUGCUCUGCUUGUGGUUGAGGAAGGUGAGGGUGGGGUGCGGUCAGUCAGUCAGAGCCAGAGCCAGAGCCAGAGCCAGAGGGUGAGCUCGCAGCUCAGCUCCAUCUCCUCUCCUCUCCUAGUCCGUUCCUCGAUCGACACUCAACAUUAAUGGCGGCCACCUACCACCAGCUGCCUUCAUUCUCCCUCCUCCGGCCCCCAACGCGCCACCACGCCGACCAGCAGGCUCAAUGUCGGACUCGGACUCGGCGGGCCGGCUUCCUGAGGAGGACCCGUGCCAUGGCCAUGGGAACGGACCUGUUGGGAGAUUUCGGGGCGAGGGACCCGUUCCCGGCGGAGUUGGAGAGCCAGUUCGGGGAGAAGGUGCUGGGGAACCUGGACACGGAGCAUAAGAUCCUCAUCCCCACCGCUUCUGCCCUUUCCCUCGCCGAGCAACAAUGCUCCCCUGUUUCCCCACUGCAAGGCCCCAUGUCCUCUGAUGAUGCUCACCGGAUGCUUAGGAAGGUCGUGGGCUGGAGGCUCAUAGACGAAGAUGGUGGACUUAAGCUGCAGUGCUUGUGGAAGCUGAGAGACUUCAAGUGCGGGGUUGAACUCAUCAACAGGAUAUACAAGGUUGUGGAACCAACGGGUCACUUCCCAAGUCUACAUUUGGAGCAGCCAAACCAAGUUAGAGCUGAGCUAUGGACUGAAUCAAUCGGAGGGCUGAGCAUGAAUGACUUCAUUGUGGCGGCCAAGAUAGAUCUCAUCAAAACAUCAGAUCUUGUCCCGAAGAAGAGAAUAUGGGCAUAAAAUAAAAUAAAUCAGCGAGAGUACUCAUGUGCCAAUAGGCCUCUGCUGCAAUGCAAGGAGCUUGUGCAGAUAAAAACGAACCGAUGAUACUGUAUGAUAUCAAGCUUCAAUGCAAUCAAUAGGAAGCUCAAGCCAAGCCAAUUAGCCAAUGGGUAGUCUUGUUGUAUACCAGGAGCUGACAACUCAGGGAGGGAGCGGGGUGUGCAAUGGCAAUCGUGUUGUAUGUACAAUGUUUUAACUGUGUGUUUUGAUUCGUUUUCAUUCGGUGGUCAAAUCACGGCUGGCCAUCAGAAGCUAUGUACUUUGUUAUUCCUCAUUUCUUUGACGGGCUGCGAAUUCAAUGGUAGCUAAUACAUAUGCUCGGUCAGGACCCAGGAUGUUGUUAUGAGAUUGAAAAUGAAUCCUUUUUCCUCUU